GACAUCAGCCAAGAGCCUCCAAAGAGAUCAACCUAUUGAAAACCAUGAAGACUCUGCUUCCUCUGACUAUCCUCAUCAUGGCUGUUACUGGCGCCCUUGCGGGCGUGCUCGGAGGCCACGGAUACCAAGGACGCUACGAGGCUACCAAGGAUACCGAGGCUACGGCGGUUAGGGCGGCUAGGGCAGCUAGGGCGGCUACGGCGGCUACAGCGGCCACGGCGGCCACGGCGGCUACGGCGGCAACGGCGGCUACGGCGGCUACGGCGGCCACAGCGGCUACGGCGGCUACGGCGGCUACGGCGGCUACGGCGGCUAGGGCGGCUAGGGCGGCUAGAGCGGCUACGGCGGCCACGGCGGCCACGGCGGCUACGGCGGCUACGGCGGCUACGCCGGCUACGGCGGCUACGGCGGCUAGGGCGGCUAGGGCGGCUAGAGCAGCUACGGCGGCAACGGCGGCCACGGCUGCUACGCCGGCGACGGCGGCUACGCCGGCUACGGCGGCAACGGCGGCAAGGGCGGCUAGGGCGGGUAGAGCGGCUACGGCGGCCACGGCGGCCACGGCAGCUACGGCGGCUACGGCGGCAACGGCGGCUACGCCAGCUAGGGCGGCUAGGGCGGCUAGAGCGGCUACGGCGGCUACUGCGGCCACAGCGGCCACGGCGGCUACACCGGCCACGGCGGCUACGGCGGCCAGGGCAGCUAGGGCGGCGGCUACUGCGGCCACAGCGGCCACGGCGGCUACACCGGCCACGGCGGCUACGGCGGCCAGGGCGGCUAGGGCGGCUACGGCUGCCACGGCUGCCACGGCGGCUACAGCGGCUACGCCCGCCACGGCGGCUACGGCGGCUGGGUAGCAGGCGGCUACGGCGGCUACGGGCUCGGAUAAAGAAGCAGUCUGAGCCAUGGAGGACUGUACAACGGUACGGCGGGCUCGGAUCCCACGGCGGACACGGAAGCUUCCAGGGUUCAAAUCCAGAUUAAUACGCCUGAAUAAAUAACGUUUCCGUUUCUGACAA